AUGGCGGCGGCGCGGCAGCGGGGCCCGCGGGGCUCGGCCGUGCUGGAGCUGCCCCGCAAGCCGCGCCUGGUCUGCGUGGAGUACCCGGGGCUCGUCCGGGACGUCGGGGCCAUGCUGCGGACGCUGGGAGGAGAGCAGGGGGUGUCGCGGAUCUACGCCGACCCUGCCAAAAGGCUGGAGCUGUAUUUCCGCCCCAAGGACCCCUACUGCCACCCCGUGUGUGCCAACCGCUUCCCCACCUCCACCAUGCUGCUCAGGGUCACCAGGAGGAGCAGGAAGAAGCAGCAGUUGGACCCCAAGGAGCAAAUCCAGCCAGAAGUGCAGUUUGAGAUGGAGAUUCUUGGGAUUGUCACCACUGUUUACAAAUUUCAAGGAAUGUCUGACUUCCAGUACCUGGCAAUGCACUCAGGCCCUGAUGGCAAACAAACCUCCAUGUAUGAUAAAGUCCUGAUGCUCAAACCAGAGAAGGAAGAGUUUUUCAAUAAAGAUUUACCUCUUUACAUCCCACCACCCAUUUUCUCACGUCUGGACACUGCUGUGGACUAUUUUUAUCGCCCAGAUAUACAGCACAGGGAGGGCUACAACAAUCCCCAAGUGUCUGGUGAGAACCUGAUUGGCCUCAGCAGGGCCCGGCGCCCACACAACGCCAUCUUUGUCAACUUUGAUGAUGAGGAAAUCCCAACUAAGCCCCUGGAUGCUGCUGUACAGAACUGGAAGAAAGUGUGCACCAAUCCUGUGGAUAAAAAGGUGGAGGAAGAGCUGAGAAAGCUCUUUGAGGUGCGUCCCGUGUGGUCUCGCAAUGCAGUCAAAGCCAACAUCAGUGUCCAUCCAGACAAGCUGAAGGUGCUGCUGCCUUAUUUGGCCUAUUACAUGUUAACAGGUCCUUGGAGAAGCUUGUGGGUUAGGUUUGGGUAUGACCCCAGGAAACACCCUGAAGCAAAGAUUUAUCAAGUGCUGGACUUCCGAAUUCGCUGUGGAAUGAAAUAUGGUUAUGCUGCUACUGACAUGCCUGUGAAAGCAAAACGCAGCACGUACAACUACAGCCUGCCCAUCACUGUCAAGAAACAAGGAAGUCACACAGUCAGUGUCCACGACCUGAAACAGGGGCUGGGUUCAGCUGGUACAUCUGGGGCAAAAAAGCCCCCCUCCAGCAGGUAUAAGCUGAAGGAAUCUGUCUACAUUUUCCGGGAAGGAGCCUUACCCCCUUACCGCCAGAUGUUCUACCAGCUCUGUGACUUAAAUGUGGAAAGCCUGCAGAAGAUCAUCCAUCGGAAUGACGGCACCGAGUCGGAGUGCACGGAGCGGGACGGGUGGUGCCUUGCCAAGACCAGUGAUGACCUCAGGGACAGCAUGUCCCUGAUGAUAAAGCAGAUCAUCAGAUCCACCAGACCUGCUCUUUUUUCAAAUACAACAAGCAGUGAAGAUGGCAAAGAGCAGCUGGCAUACGAGUCUGGAGAGGAUGAGGAUGAUGAAGAGGAGGAGGAAGAGGAAUUCAAGCCUUCUGAUGGGAGUGAAAAUGAAAUGGAGACAGAAAUUCUGGACUAUGUGUGAACUCAGUGAGCAGUGUGGCUGCUGUGCACAGAACUGUCUGCUCUUGCUCCUUGAGAGCCAAGGGUUCAGGGAAAGCAGAGCUUGUACUAAGCUGAUGAUGUUCUCUGCACUGACUGCUGGUGGGCAACAUUCUGGGUGUUUGGGAGCCACUGCUGCAUUUUCAGAAUUGCUGGCUGAGAAACCCUCCAGCAAGCUCAACAAACUCCCAAGAGUGAGCCCAGAAUCCAAACCAGCUGGAAACACACCUGGACAUGGGAGAAGCUGCAUUCCCAAAUCUCUCCAUGUGUGGGAGUGCACUCUCUCCAGGUUGGUGGCCAUGUGGAACAUAGAAAAGGUGCCUGAGGAGAUGCUGGGAGAAGAAACAAUCCAGUGCUCCUGGAGUCCCUAAGGCAGGUUCUGCCCUUCUGCUUGUCCAGAGGGAGUGAAAAUACUGAGCCAUGCCUUCAGCACUGAACCUUGCUGGUCAUCUUGGAAAUAAAGCCAGCAGGAAAAUACACUUUCUGGCAGUGAAUAAUUCCCUUCCUGGGGCGCAGUGUUUGUUGUGCUCAUUACCUGAUGCACUUCUCAGGUCUGUUUUGACUUCCCCAGCUAGCAGGUAACAAGCACUGAAGGCAGAGGGGCAGAGCUGCCGGUGCACAGAAGUUGGCCACUGCCAGCUGCACUGCUCCCACCACAAAAAACGCCCCAAAAAUUAAAGAGCUACUGGUAUUUUCUAGUUCUUGUGCAUUCCCCAGUGUGUUCUGAGCACACCUGAAAGCCAAGCUCUUUUGAAAAA